UUGUCUUUGCGCCGCAAGGACAUGCUGCAGGUGUCGACACUUGCACUAACGCUACUGUAUGGGUACUGGAUAAGGUGUGGUUGUAUGUAAACGCUGUGCCUCAGAGCGCUUGACAAGUGGUUGCCACUUUCGGGCAUCCCAGUUCGCCCAGGACCCAAACACCAAACCGGUGGGAUCGCGGCCCAUGCUCUUAGCGAUCCCGUUUUAAUUGAUCAGAAUGGUGGAAUCUGGUGCUCGGUCCUUCCGCUAGUGUGAGUGAGCGGCGUCUGCCCUUGUUCAACGUCCAUUGAAGGUGCCGACAGGCUCAUGCUGACAGUUCUUGGCCGCCGGGCUGCACCUUGCACAAAAGGGCCACAUGUUCCUUGGCUGGCCUUCACACAUGUGAAGACUCGAAACACUACGGUAUCUCUGUCGACUCGAGGAGGUGGGGUAAUUACCCGAAGGUGGAAGGAAAUGGAAGGGGAUGCUUGCAAACGCAGAGAAACAUCGUGGAAAAACACAACCCUCCCAGACGCAUGGAAGGUGCCAUGCAGUACUCCGUAUUACUGUGUAUACUGCUGGUGUAACGUUAAUAACUGUCAGCAAAUAAGAGCGAUGAAACCGUCUGCUCCAUGCUCAAGACUCAAGAGUGAUGCACGCAGGAACCAAACUUUCUGCGUGCCUGACACUUGGAUGCAGAGUUGCAGACCUUACUCAGACACCAAGCACCUGCCUAACGUAGCUAGAAUUCAAGCGUUAGCUUGCCGGUGGGCCUGGCGCUUUUGAAAAGCUCCGCAUUGCGGCCGAAUUGGCCCGAUGUCUUCGGUUAAAAGGAGCCUAAUCAAUCACGUGACUUGUCAGGUGGUAUCAGCAGGACCCAAGCAGGCACCUCAAGAACACUGACGACGUCCAUCUGCUUUCUUUCCUCCUA